UUUUUUUUUGUUGUUGUUGUUGUUGUUGUUCACUCUCCUAUAUAAACUUAUUAUGGAAAAAGACAUAAUUAUAAUUGAUUCCGAUAAUGAAGAUGAAAUUCAAAUUUUAAGUGUUCCACUAAGAUUGCCAUUGGAAGUUAAAAAAGGACUACGUUCCAAUAACACUCAAAAAAAUAAUGAUGAGUCACGAUUAUUAGCCGAACUAUUAACAGAUGUAUCAAAAAAGGCACCAUCGUCAAAAGUUGAUGUCAAUAAACUCUUUCAACGUGUCGAUAAAAUUAGAGUUAAUCUACGUGACAAGAUAAAAAAAAAGAGGAAUCCACUUCUUGCUGUUCAUAAAAAUAAAUACUCCGCUCAUCAUAAUACUUCUACUACUACUACUACUACUAGUAGUAGAAGUAGUCGAAAAAAAGAUGCCGCCAGAUUAACAAAUUAUAAUGAUUCGAAAGCAUUAGACGAUGAUCAUAAACUAUUUCCUUUAAUCUUUAGUCAAAAUACAACUGAACAAGAGGAAGAACAAGUAUAUACUUUUGAUUUAGAUCCUCUUUCUUCCUCAUCAGAUGAUGAUGAAAAAGAAGAAGACAACAACUUUCUAAAUAUAAUAAAAAGUACAACAGAUUAUUCACCUUCUCAUGAAAGGCUCACAACAUGUUUAAAAAGAGAAAAACAACAGCCAAGUAUAUCAAAGCCUUCUAUAUCAUCUACAUCAACUACUGUAGAGAAUGAGCAACCAUCGUAUAGUGAUGAAGAAUAUGACGAAGCUGAGGCUGACUUGGAAGAUUAUAUUAACUAUAUCAUGAAUGGUCAGAAAUCAAAGAGAUUAUUUGCUACCUCAAAUACAAGAAGAAAUAAUACAGCGACAAAGAGAGUACAGUGUCCUCUUUGUUAUCUUUUUUUCUCUUCAUUAGAUAUAUUGACGCAUGCUGGUAAUUGUGAUGGAAAUAAAGAAGGAAGUCAUCAUGCUAUGAAAAAGAAGACGAUGGCUGUAGGUGUGGCCAAGUCAGAAGAGGAGCGUAAAAAGCAAAAUCAAGGCAUUGAAUAUAUAGGAAAUACCAAUUAUUAUACAGAUUCUGAUGUAGUUGCUCUGGAUGGAAGUGGGUUCAAUAAUGAAGUAACAAGUACUAGUUGGGAAUCUGCUGGGCAAAUACGCUUUGUGUAAAAAAAAAAA